AUGCCUCUCGGAGAUCUGGAUCCGAAUGCCAGCGGACGCACUAGCCGAACGUCGAACAUGUCAACAUGCUCGAGGGGCUUGCCCAAGGGUCCUGGUCCUGGUCCUGGAGCUGGCGGCCGCUCUGAUCUGCUCUCCUCUACGGGCGUCAUGAGUAUGCUGCGAACCUCAACCGAGCUUGGAGACAUCGGAGGCUUCAGCAGUUACGACUCUACUCAGCUCCCGGGCAUCCCUCGCGCUCCUCCCCGCCGAAGUGGUGCAUCAUCAAGGAUGUCAGCAGGCUCCUCACACUCGAAUUCGUCAAAGCGGCCGUCGAGCCACCACCAAGCAUGGCCCUCUGCACCUCCUACUACGCGGCGGUCAUUAACGCGAGACAAUGUCCCGCAGUUUGUCCCUGAUACUUUGUCUCCAACCCUCAUGAACCUUCCUGGCUCUUCGCCGCUCAUCCCUCGAUCACGAAACUCGCGAGACGGAAACGGGAGGUCCCAGUCAAUGACCCACACCAGCCAGCCAGCGUUCAGAUUGUCCUCCAAUCGAUCGCUCGCGAGCCUUAGGGCUCAUGAGCAAGUCCAGCGUCCGCGCUCCCCGUACCACUACCCAGCCCGACUCCGGCGUCCUGUGUAUCGGCCAGCCUCGCCAGCAUUCAGUGAUGUUUCCGGCACCCGACCGAGACGCUCCCAUGGUCAGUCAGGACAUUCGAUGCAUUCAAGGCUCCGCAACCCGUCAGGCUCAUCAGUCCAUCGCGAAGACAGGGUUCCGAUGCAUGGUCAUCCAUAUCGCAAUAGAUCCCCGGCAUAUUUCAGCGGUCCACACCCUGACAUCCCCCCUGUUCCACCUCUUCAUCAUCACGCUCUUGUCGAGCAGGCACGUAUGGCUCAUACUCCUGCGAAGGCAUCUAUCUCAAGUCGCUCCACGAACCAGCCAACCGAUUCAGACGCUCCAUCCUCCGACGCACCUUCUCCACCAACACCGAAAGACGGCACAUCGAUGGAGGUCUUAGUCAGUCCAACCGGCACCCAAGCAUUGGUAGGUAAGAUGUCAGGACACAGGAAAGCGGAAGCGACAACUGGCCCCCUGUACUACGACGGCAGUGAGCAGUUUGAGCCUGAGCCAUACUCUGAACCGGAGGCAGAAACAGUUCCCACGGGCUUCGUCUAUCGGAUAAAGACCAUUCUUGAAGAGCGAGGGACCGCCGAAACUCCACAAAAGAAGGUUGACGCCCCAGUCGUCGAAGAGGUUGUUGAGCUUCCUGCAGCAGAGGCCAUAGGUAUUGCGGAGCUGCCCGCAUCUCCCGUUGCUCGCCGAAUCACACGAGAUAUGGUACUGGCAGCCUUGGAGCCAUCCUCAACUACUGAAGUUGCAGAUUCGUCAGCGGCGGCAUUGCAAAGCCAAAAAAAUGAAUCUAGUGAACCGGCCGCUAAAGUGGAUAGCCAGGGUGAGGGUGGCCUGGUCCUGGAAGACGCGUCAAUAGCUUCCGCUAAAAAAGAAGGAAAUAAUGGAAAGCGUAUUAGUGUCUUGUCUCAAGAUGCAUCCCAUAGGUCGACGAUGAGUGUCGUCGAUUCUUCGACCCUUGACUUCGCAGUCCAGUAUUCGAUUCCAAUGGUUACCGGGACAGAGGAUGGGAUGUCAGACCUGUUGGAUGGAUACCAGCACACUGAGUCCAAACAGGAAGCCGAGCUCGUGGAGAUGGGAUCCAUAGGAGACGAACCUGCUGAGAAGAAGAGCAAUCACACUCCCAAGUCUUCUGACGAACAGUCCUUCAAGUCCUGCACUGAUUUGCCCGAGGAACCAUAUAAGGAAGCAGACGCGAGAUCUUUCAAGACAUGCAAGGAUAUGGUCACCCCUGAACGCGCUGUGUCCAUGUCCGCGUCAAGUUUGCCUUCAAUGGGCCUAGCGAAAUCGGACCCGAAGGCGAAUAGGCCUGUGUCUGAGAUACCACUGUCGUCGCCUCCCACCGUAGUGCGCAAGCAGCCUUCAGUGCCCCCCCGUGAAUCAAGCUUUUCCAAAGCUCACUCUAGACUACGUGCAAAUUCGAAGCUUAGCUCGAGGCAUGGCUCGAGACAGGGCUCUAUGGUUGCAUCGAUAUCUUCUUCAGCCGAUAGCCCCGUGCAGCAGCCUCCUUCCGUUCCUCCCCGAGAGUCAAGCUCAUCGAAGGAAGCCCAACGUACUCAAGCUGUUGCAGACUUCUUGGUGCGUCUAUCUCGUCCUCGCAAGUUCUCUAGGGCCCAUGCUGGCUUUGGAAGGAAAGUAGCCAAAGAUGAGGGUGUUGGUCCAGCAGAUACUCUCAACAACACGGAAAAGCCGGCGUCAUCCCAGCAGGAACAUCAUGAUGUCACCACCAAGGCUGCUCCUACAAUCAUACCCGCUGAGGCUGCGGCGACCCCAGAGAAGAAAAUCACUAUCCAAGAAACGGAGUCAAAGCGUCAGACUCCUGCUUCAAACCCAGAAAAGGAGGAUCUUGUGUCAAGGGUUACCCCCGCAAAGAGCUUGGACAUGCCCAGUGUCCACGUUGUGCACCAGCACGCAUUGAGCACACCGUCUCCAGUCCUUCCCGAGCCAUCAUCCAUAUGCUCGCCUGAUGAGGUCAAUUCUUCCAAGUCUCGUGCAAAGUCGUCGCCAGGUAUAUUGUCGAACUCCCCGGUACAGGGUCAUCGCAACAGCCAGAGCACCACUCAUUUAGUCUGGCACGGCCGCAAGUCUUUAAGCCAUGCCAAUGCGAAUACCCCCGAGUUUCGAUCCAAUCAGGGCAAUAGCCAAGAGGAAACGACCACAGAUCUAAGGUUAUCCGCGUACCGGUAUCCGCUGAAUUAUCUUCCUGACCUCAAGGAGGAGUCUCACGAGGAUUCGAGUAUCAAUACUAGCGCCAGCAAUCUAAAGCACUCCAACUUUAGGUUCCCCCUCGGCCACCAACCUAGUGUGAGGGUAUCUGGUGAUGAAGUCGUUACGUUUGGGAAGAAACCGCCUGAGAAGUCCCCGCGAAACAGUGGCUUGGCUCAAUCGCGUGGUCUCCCUUCAAUGAACUUCAGUCGCAUGGACCUGAUUGCUAAGCUGAACGAAGCUCUUGACAUGCGUUCUUCAAGGUCGUUGGACGGCCGUCCGGAGAAUCUUCCCGAAUUAGCGCGUCCGAGCCCAUUGCGACCGUCGUCGGCUGGAGAGAUUCGCGAGAAAUAUAGGAGCUUCUUUGCUAGCCUAGAUGAGCUUGAGAAGGCCGGGGGGGGAAACCAAACUAGCUCUAUUCUCGAUAUGAUGCCUCUGAAGCGGCCAUACUCCCCCGAACAGCUUAUGGCGGAGAUUGACCGGCUGACGAUUCCGUCUGUCGGUGGCCUCACACAACGGCUAUCUGAGUUCCUACCGUCGCUCAAGGAAUUCCUCAAGUUCGGCGACAAGGAGGAGUUUGUUGCGGAGGAGGAGAUCAUGGAGCAUGCGCUGGAAGAGCUCAAUGAAGUCGGCGGGCCUGCUCCUAAGCGAUCUUCUGCUCGAUUGCGGCCCAUGCCAGGGUCUCCGAACUUAGUUGUGGUUGCUGAUGGCCUGUAUGAAGAACUGACCGGGAAGGAGACAGAAAAUAGUAAGGUUGUUGCUCAUGUUAAUGAGGAGGCCGAAGAGGGUGCUGGUGAAUCUGUCACCGCGAAAACCAACAGCACACUCGACGCGGGGGCACGUGAGAGAACCCCUUUAGCAGAACUUGAAGCCCCAUCCGCCGUCGUUCUGCGCACUCGCUCCCUAUCUCUUGGCCACCAGGAUCUCCGACCUUCCCUCGAGUCUCGAAUCUCGACGAGGAGGUCACUGCGAUCCCUAGGGAGUACACCAACUGCUACAGAGACACGCCCGUGGAAUAGCGACAAGAAUUACCCGUGGGCGGCAGCGAUACCUUAUAUCGAUAUCUCUCUGCCCGCGCCGACCAUUAUCAAGCACUCGCCGCGCCCAGGCUGCUCUCCUCUGCGCACUCGCCCCUCACACUCCUCUGAUAACACUACUGUACCCUUUGACCAGCAGCCGACAUCCCCGGCAUCAGACAAGAUGACAGUGCCCGGUUCAGACGAUCCUUACAUGCAUGCGCGCCGACAGAGUCGCCGAAUGAGUUUCUUCUCGUCGAGCAAGCGGCCAGUUAAUGCUCUAGUGUCGGGCUUCGACGCCAGUGGCCACCCUGUGGGUCCCCGUCACGUGCGACAUGUAGAUCAACAACAUGAAGCCGGCGAGCGCUACCCGACACAACCACCAACACCCCCUCAUCGCCUUCACAUUGAUCCCGACGCCCAAUCGCACUUCUCUGACGAUUCCGAGGAAGAGCCGCCACCUACUUCUCGCAAACGCAAGUUUGCAGCCUUGAAGUCGCGUCUGGGCCAGUCUUCUCGCCCUGACGACAACCUUGCGAGCUAUACAUCCUCCUCUCUGCAAGACCCAGCCACUGAGGCUGAGGCUUUCACUACUCGUCGCCAGACAUAUCGUGGUGCGAGUGGUAUGACUCCGCGACAAUUCCAACGCCGUUCUUUCGCCGAGAAAGUGCGGAAGCUUUGGCAUAAGUCUACGGAAUACUGCGUCGAGGUCUUCCGUACAGUCUCUCGACGCAAGCGCCAACCACAGACUCAGUAUCCAGAGGUCGAAGGUACUUCAGUCACUGACCGUCGAGACCUCGACGGUCGUCGCUACGCUUACCUAGACGAUCGCGCGGUUACCGGCUACUAG